AUGCGUGUGCAGAGCUGCGUGUGUGCAGAGCUACAGGUGCACAGAGCUACAGGUGCACAGAGCUGCGGGUGUGCAGAGCCGUGGGUGUGCAGAGCCGUGGGUGUGCAGAGCUACGGGUGUGCAGAGCUACAGGUGUGCAGAGCUACAGGUGUGCAGAGCCGCGGGUGUGCAGAGCCGCGGGUGUGCAGAGCUGCAGGUGUGCAGAGCUACAGGUGUGCAGAGCUGCGGGUGUGCGGAGCUACAGGUGUGCAGAGCUGCGGGUGUGCAGAGCUGCGGGUGUGCAGAGCUACGGGUGUGCAGAGCUACGGGUGUGCAGAGCUACAGGUGUGCAGAGCUACGGGUGUGCAGAGCCGCGGGUGUGCAGAGCCACGGGUGUGCAGAGCUACAGGUGUGCAGAGCUGCGGGUGUGCGGAGCCGUGGGUGUGCAGAGCUACAGGUGUGCAGAGCCGCGGGUGUGCAGAGCCACGGGUGUGCGGAGCUACAAGUGUGCAGAGCCGCGGGUGUGCAGAGCUACGGGUGUGCAGAGCUACAGGUGUGCAGAGCUACAGGUGUGCAGAGCCGCGGGUGUGCGGAGCUACAGGUGUGCAGAGCUGCGGGUGUGCAGAGCUACAGGUGUGCAGAGCUGCAGGUGUGCAGAGCUACAGGUGUGCAGAGCUGCGGGUGUGCGGAGCUACAGGUGUGCAGAGCUACAGGUGUGCAGAGCUGCGGGUGUGCAGAGCUACGGGUGUGCAGAGCUACAGGUGUGCAGAGCUGCGGGUGUGCGGAGCCGUGGGUGUGCAGAGCCGCGGGUGUGCAGAGCCGCGGGUGUGCAGAGCCACGGGUGUGCGGAGCUACAAGUGUGCAGAGCUGCGGGUGUGCAGAGCUACAGGUGUGCAGAGCUGCGGGUGUGCGGAGCUACAGGUGUGCAGAGCUGCGGGUGUGCGGAGCUACAGGUGUGCAGAGCUGCGGGUGUGCAGAGCCGCAGGUGUGCAGAGCUACAGGUGUGCAGAGCUGCGGGUGUGCAGAGCCGCAGGUGUGCAGAGCUACAGGUGUGCAGAGCUGCGGGUGUGCGGAGCCGUGGGUGUGCAGAGCUACAGGUGCGCAGAGCUGCGGGUGUGCGGAGCCGUGGGUGUGCAGAGCCGCGGGUGUGCAGAGCCGCGGGUGUGCAGAACCACGGGUGUGCGGAGCUACAAGUGUGCAGAGCUGCGGGUGUGCAGAGCUACGGGUGUGCAGAGCUACAGGUGUGCAGAGCCGCGGGUGUGCAGAGCUACGGGUGUGCAGAGCUGCGGGUGUGCAGAGCUACAGGUGUGCAGAGCUACAGGUGUGCAGAGCCGCGGGUGUGCAGAGCUACGGGUGUGCAGAGCCGCGGGUGUGCGGAGCUACAGGUGUGCAGAGCUGCGGGUGUGCGGAGCUACAGGUGUGCAGAGCUGCGGGUGUGCAGAGCUGCGGGUGUGCAGAGCUACGGGUGUGUGGAGCCGCGGGUGUGCGGAGCUACAGGUGUGCAGAGCUGCGGGUGUGCAGAGCCGCAGGUGUGCAGAGCUACAGGUGUGCAGAGCUGCGGGUGUGCAGAGCCGCAGGUGUGCAGAGCUACAGGUGUGCAGAGCUGCGGGUGUGCGGAGCCGUGGGUGUGCAGAGCUACAGGUGCGCAGAGCUGCGGGUGUGCGGAGCCGUGGGUGUGCAGAGCCGCGGGUGUGCAGAGCCGCGGGUGUGCAGAGCCGCGGGUGUGCAGAGCCACGGGUGUGCGGAGCUACAAGUGUGCAGAGCUGCGGGUGUGCAGAGCUACGGGUGUGCAGAGCUACAGGUGUGCAGAGCCGCGGGUGUGCAGAGCUACGGGUGUGCAGAGCUGCGGGUGUGCAGAGCUACAGGUGUGCAGAGCUACAGGUGUGCAGAGCCGCGGGUGUGCAGAGCUACGGGUGUGCAGAGCCGCGGGUGUGCGGAGCUACAGGUGCGCAGGGCUGCACUCGGUGAACGUUCAGGUUUGUUUCUGAAGAGCCGACAGUGAAUGUCAGUGUCCGAGCAAACCCGCUGCCCUGGGUCCGUGCUUCGGGCCGCGGUUCCUCGCGUGACGCGGACGAGCGCGUUCGUCCCGCCGGGGAGGCCGGUGUCCUGCGUGAGGGCAGGGUGGCUCACACAGCCCUUCUCCGUGCGCUGCGCCCGCUUUUGUCAGGUCGUCCGUUCACAUACUGGACUCCAGCUCGUGUUGUGUUAGCGAUUUCCGUCCCCACCAGCAUCUCGGCUCCACGGGCAGAGUCCAGAAGUAGUUUUGGUUUCCUUGGUGGUCCGAGUUCAAAAGGUUUGGGUUUUCCAGCUUCCCAGUCGCUGUUUAUUCAAGACAAACCAAACCCCACCGUUAAGCUGAUUCUGAGGGCCGUGCUGGCGAGGGAAGGAGGGCUCCCCGCGUCUCCGUGCAGCGCUCUGCCCGCAGUUUACUUCCCAAUGUCAUGGGUGCUGUCAGCCUUUCGGGAGCCGCCGUGUCUCCAGCUCUGGGUGCGUCCCUCCGGAACGUGUCUAACUCCUUGUGUUGUGUCG